AUGGGUCUAAAACAAGUUAACAAUUAUGGGGCUCUUUUCCUUGUAGCUGUCGACAUGCCUACUAAACUAAGGAAGACCAGGAAGUUACGCAGACAUGUCAGUCAUGGUCAUGGCCAUAUUAGCAAACAAAGGAAGCAUCCUGGUGGUCAUGGUAAGGCUGGUGGCAUGCACCACCAUAGAAUCAACUUCGAUAAAUUCCACCCUGGGUACUUUGGAAAAGUUGGUAUGAGGCAUUUCCAUCUGAAAAAGAAUCAGUACUUCUGUCCCGCUAUUAACCUGUAUAAACUAUGGACACCUAUUAGUGAGCAGACCAGACUGAACCAUGCCAAGAACCCUAAUGGUCCUGCACCAGUCAUUGACGCUGUGCACGGGGGUUACUACAAGGUGUUGGGAAAAGACAGACUCCCCAAGCAGCCUGUGAUUGUGAAAACCAAAUUCUUCAGCCAAUCAAGAACGUUGGUGGUGCUAACUGUUCUGGUUGCAUAA